CCUCCCUAGCUUUGGUCCCUACCUCCAGCAGAGAACAGACGUCAUCGCAGACUACAAGAAGAAGAUCAGAAACACAGGACCUGAAGUGAUAGAAACAGACAUCAGACAGGUCAACUCGUCCAAAAAACCUGUCCCUGCUGUCAAGGAUGUGAUAGCCAGGGCGGUGCGUCACAUUGGAACAUAUCAGGAUCUUAGCAACAUGGAGCAGGUCCAGGCUGUGAUAGAUGAGGAGAUGUGCAUCAACUGUGGGAAGUGCUACAUGACCUGCAACGACUCUGGUUACCAGGUAUGUCACUCUGCCCCAGUCUCUUUACUUUUAGGAAGACUCGGUGGG